UCUCGGGACAAAAAAGUAGCAAAAAAUCGCGCCCCAUAACCGCGGUUUCAAAACACACACUCCCAGUUCUACGAAUCGCCGCGACCAUUCUAAACCCUACUUCAAGGAUUCAAAUCCUCCACACUUUCUUUCUUCCUUUGAUUUCGGCUUUGGCUUAUUGGCCGAAUCUAUGGAGGAACCUUCUACUUCGCCGUUGCCUGCGGCGUUUCUUGAUUUUCUGAAGGAAAAUGAUCUGGACCCUUCCAUUUACGCUGCUACUGAUUCAACCCCUCGUUAUGUCAGGUUGAAGCCUGGCUAUGAAGCCGAUGUGGAGGAGAUAGAGGCCGAGAUCAAGUGCAAGCUUGAGAAAGUCAAUUGGCUGCCUGGAUUCUAUUCCCUUCCGCCCGAUGUGCAAAUUGCUGGUUCCCAAGCUUACAAGACAGGAAAGAUAUAUGGAAUAGAUGCAGCUUCCGGUGCUGCUGUUACUGCCUUAGACGUUUCACCGGGAAAUCAUGUCCUUGAUCUUUGUGCCGCUCCAGGGGCCAAACUUUGCAUGAUCGUAGACCUUCUUGAUGGUUUGGGUUCUGUGACUGGAGUAGAUGUAUCUCAGCAUCGUUUAGCUGCUUGUAGAACAAUGCUGCAAAAAUAUGCUCUUGGUGAUAUUUGUCGACUUUUUGUUGCUGAUGGAGCAACAUUUUCUCUCAUUCCCGUGAAUGUUACUUCAGAGUCUAGAUCAGAUGAAUCUACAUUAGAAGAUAGUGUUGACAGAUUGAAGGAGUGGACGUCCAGAAAAUCUUGGAAGGAAAGGAAGAAAGCGGCCAUAGCAAAACAAAACGCUGCUGCAGAGUUAGUCCAGAGGUGUCAGGAACCAGAACUUAUCUUUUAUGGGCUGAAAUCUGGCGUGGUUGGGUUCACUAAGAGUGAGAUAUACCGAAGUCCUUCGGAAAGUGAGUUAUUGAGCUAUGGGUAUGAUAGGGUCUUAGUGGAUGCUGAAUGCACUCAUGAUGGCUCUAUAAAGCAUAUACAGAAAUUUGAAAGUUGGGGUUGGACAUCUCUUCAGCGCAGAGUAUUGGACGCUGAGCGAACAGAUAAUUUGACUGUACUUCAGUUGAGACUCCUUACCAAUGGUUUUCGGUUGCUAAAGUCUGGCGGGAUACUUGUCUACAGCACUUGCAGUCUUACAGUAGCACAGAAUGAGGAUGUUGUGGAACAGUUUCUCAAGGAUAAUGCUUCCGCAGAGUUGCAGGAGAUAGAAGCGGCCAGAAAUUGGCCGUGCAAGAGUGGACGAAUACCAAAGACCCUACGUUUUGAUCCAUGGGCAUCACAGACAAGUGGGCUUUUUGUAGCGAAGUUCUUGAAGUUGGCUGAAUAAAAAGCGAGAAUCACGUGGCCACAUCUCGUUUUGGCGUAAUUGGAGACUGUGAUAAUGUAAUCAACUCUGCUGUACAGUGUGCUGUGCUUCAGAUGUGAAAAAGGUAUUUACACUCGAUCAUUCAUUAAGUAACAGAAAUGGGCAAAAGUCGAUCUGAAGUUUGUGCCAGGGACAAAACCCGGGUUAAGGGAAAAUUUUCGACUUCGGUUCAUUGUUUGACAUAGAAUUAAGAACGUGUCAAAUAUUGAACGGAAGAAGUAUGCAAUAGUCUUGUUGAUGUUUUGUUACACUGCACCCCUCUUUUGAAAUUUUACUUUAUAAUGUUAACCACUGGAGGAGAUAUGAAGCCAUUUGUAUUCAACUAUUGCUCAGAACUAUUUAUAUUUUUGUUAAUUGUUUU